AUGUCGGACGUUCCUGCACAUCUACAAGGCGAUGCUGAGCCAAUGACAGCGUCUAUGCAAAGGGACUACGAUAGGUGUCCAUCCGUUCCUUUCCUCUAUCCGAACCUUUCCACGCUCGACCAGUCCAACAUCUUCUUUCCUGGGUACACAGCUCUUAUCUACCGUGAGGGCAAGGAACACCCAGAGCCGAUCGUAUGUCCUCUGCUACCCUCCGAGGGCUCAGACGACGAAACGGCUUCCCGUCCGAAUCUCAAGGUUGCCGUUCCGAGUGUCUUACCAGAGCUUGUCUCAGAUACGACAGAUUCGGACGAUGACGACAAGAGUAUCGAAACCCAGUCGUCAGAAGAUCCUUCGCCGACUUCUGAGACUUCUCGUGACGCCGCUGCCCACCCAGGGUUUGGCGCAACUGCCAAGGGGCUGGCACUCAAUUGGGGUUCCGUCUCAGACACGAUCAUUCAAAAGACUCUCCGUUCUGCCAUCCCAGUCAUUGACUCUGUCGAAAAAGUCACAGUCGUUAUACACGCCAUGUCUGAAGCCCUCAACACGCGGUUUACUGUUCAUUACGAGCAUCGACCAGAAGACGACGAAUGGGUGCUUGUAUCAAAGGGAGGUGCUAUGCAAAGCCUCGUCACAUCUGCUCCAUGA